ACUAGGCAACCCACCUCCAGAUGUGCAGUUUAAAGGUGAUGUGCGUGCUCUGGGAUCUUCAGAUUCCGCACCACACUUCAUCAUGUGAUAGCGGGAUAAUAAGGUGGAGUUCGGCUUUAAGGGGGACGCCUCCUGCUCUCUUCGCCCCCUCUUCAGGAUCUGUGGUAGGCAAAUGCCAACGGGUCUGCCCCUCUUUUGCCUUUGCUUCCUGGAGUCAGCAGCCGCCUACCCUACUGCUUCAGCCCCUAGGAUGAUAUCUGGAAGAACGGGAGAAUCCAGAUGAGAUGGAUGCGAGACUGAUGUAUAAUUAGGUCAAACCAUUCCUAGGUCGAAUCCUGUCUGGUGUCACUGGUGCUGUUUGAUUGCUUGUGGACACGUGGCCUAAUGAAAUUUUGAUAUUUUGCAUUAUAAAUGGCAUGAACAUUUCUGUGGCAGGUUUUGCUCGGAGCCCGUUCUUUGUGUAACAAGAACAAAAUUGAACUCUUGAAUGUGCUUCUGAGAAACCUAUUGCAGUUUCAGACUAUCGCUGAGUGCGGUCCCAGAUUUUCUUUGGUGGGGGGACUCAACAUGAAUACAUCACUACUCUCUUCGGCAGGAAACUAUACUAUUCAGAAUGUCUCAAAAGAGGCUUCUGAACUUGUACGCUUUGAGGAUGAAGAUUGUCACGUGCCUUUGGCAAUGGUAUUCACCUUGGCACUGGCUUAUGGGGCCGUUAUCCUUCUUGGCAUUUCUGGAAAUCUGGCUUUGAUUAUAAUCAUCUUAAAACAAAAGGAGAUGCGCAAUGUGACCAACAUCCUCAUUGUCAACCUCUCCUUUUCGGAUCUCCUAAUUACCAUCAUGUGUCUUCCCUUCACAUUUGUCUACACUUUAAUGGACCACUGGGUUUUUGGGGAGGCCAUGUGCAAGCUGAAUCCUUUUGUGCAGUGUGUGUCGAUCACAGUCUCUGUUUUCUCUUUGGUCCUCAUUGCAAUUGAGCGCCAUCAACUGAUUAUCAAUCCUCGGGGCUGGAGGCCAAAUAACAGACAUGCCUACGUAGGGAUUGCCACUAUCUGGAUUCUAGCAGUGGCCUCCUCUUUGCCUUUCCUGGUGUAUCACAUACUAACUGAUGAACCUUUCAGAAAUCUAACGAUAGAGGAAUACAAGGGGAAAUAUGUGUGCUUGGAUUCAUUUCCAUUGGAGAAUAUCAGGCUUUCGUAUACCACCGCUCUCUUGGUGAUACAGUACUUGGGCCCUCUUUGCUUUAUAUUUAUUUGCUACUUAAAGAUAUACAUGCGCUUAAAAAGAAGGAGCAGUAUGAUGGACAAGAUGAGAGACAAUAAAUACCGAUCCACUGAAACGAAAAGGAUCAACGUUAUGCUUAUCUCAAUUGUGGUGGCAUUUGCAGUGUGCUGGCUGCCUCUUACUGUUUUUAAUACAGUCUUCGACUGGAAUCAUGAAAUUCUACCUUCUGCAUCUUGCAGCCAUAAUUUGCUGUUCUUGAUCUGCCACCUCACGGCUAUGAUUUCAACCUGUGUGAACCCCAUCUUUUACGGGUUCCUCAACAAGAACUUCCAAAGGGAUCUGCAGUUUUUUUUCCGUUUCUGUGAUUUCCACACCAGGGACGAUGACUACGAGACAAUAGCUAUGUCCACCAUGCACACGGACAUUUCAAAGACCUCACUGAAGCAAGCCAGCCCAAUUGCAUUUAAGAAAAUUAGUGACAGUGAUGAUGAAAAAAUAUAACUCCCCAAGCUCGUUACAGAUGUUGUAGUUUCAUGGAUCAAACACAGUAUUUUAAAGAAGUGAAUAUCUUCCCCUCUUGAUCAAUAAGAAACUCUGAAAUGUCACUUUCAUAUCUCUAUGAUUCAGCUGCUGCUGUUUGUUUUUGUUUUGCUGCUUGCAGUGGAGACUGGUGGCUCUGAUGUCAGUGGGGCAGUGAAUCCACUCUGGGUUUUAGUCCGAACUGAAAACACCUUGAACAGCUGCUGGAAAGGUCAGACUAAAACCCAGAGCAGAUUCACUGCCCCACUGACAUCAGUCUCCACUGGCUGCUUGUAAAAAACAGCAAUUCUACCUAAUCUCUAAUAUAUAAUGAAAUUUGGGUCUAUUUCUGCUUGAAGGUUUCAUCCAAGGGUUUUGUGUCAAUUUCUUGUGCAUUUAUACAUUUAGUUUUAGCUGUAUUUAUUUCAAAGAAUGUUCUUUCAUCAGCAAUGCAUACAAUUACCCAGCAAAAAAGAUGUUAACCCUUAUUUCCCUAGUAUACCCAGAAG